AUGACAGAGAAGCAAGAGCUGAGACAGGCAUGGAGAGGUGCAGACUUCGCUCUUUCCUCUGCUCUAUCCUGGCAGCUGAUGCCACUGCUGAAACUGCGGCACGCCCACAUCUCUGUGUACCAGGAGCUGUUCGUCACGUGGAAUAGCGAGAUCUCCUCCCCGUUCCUCUGCCUGGUGAUGGAGUUCAACAAGGUCACCUUCCAGGAAGUCAUUACGGAUAAGAGGGAGGCGAAGGAAAUCAUUGACGCCGAGUGGUUGCAGAAUGUGCUGGGCCAGGUGCUGGAUGCGCUGGAAUACCUGCACCAUUUGGACAUCAUCCACAGGAACCUCAAACCUUCCAACAUCAUCCUCGUCAGCAGUGACCGUUGCAAAUUGCAGGACCUGAGCUCCAACACGCUAAUGACGAACAAAGCCAAGUGGAAUAUCCGUGCGGAGGAAGGUGGCAGAGCAUUCCCCCAGGUCAUGGGAGAGGGGGCUGGUGUCUAGAAUCCAGAUGGUGGUGGCCACUUUGGGUGCUAAGCGAGGCAACACCAAAUAGCUGUUUGCUCAGAAGGUCCCCACAAAACCCCUGGCCUGUGUGGACUCCAAAGAGAGCUCCUUUGGGUUGUAACUGAGCAGGCGUGCCAACACCAGUGGCAGAGGCAGGGCCCCAAAGACCCCAACAUUUGAGAGAAACAAAGUUGUGGUUGGUUGUGGUACCCCAGAAAAUGUUGCCUCUCGUGGAGAGAAAAGAAGCCUCAGAAGGAAGGAAGCUAAAAUGCCCAGGACGGAAGGUCUGCGGGUGCCAGGCACUGGCUGUGUGUAGAUCGCUGAGUCCUAAAACAACCCAGAUGACAGGGGUGGGUGGCAAGGGGAGAUGAGUUCUCAUUCCUUUAAAAAGAUGG